AUGGCUCCCUCCCAUAACGUGGUGCUGUUGGUGGACACCGCGGACCCGGCAGCCAAGCACCGAGUCCGGCUCCUGUCCCUCCGGCUGCUCAAUUUCCUGACGUGCCGCGCCGGCCUCGGCCGGGUCCGCUGGAGCUACCGCUUCCUGAACUCGCUGGGCGGCCGCUGCAGGCCCCCGCGCCGCUCCGACCUGCGGGAAGUGGGCCCCCGGAGCUGGGGGGAGUUCGAGGAGGAGCUGGAGGCCUGCUGGGAGCGGGCUGGGCAGAGCCGGGCCUGUCACACCCCCAGCUCCCGGGCCGGGCUCACCCACACCGCCCUCAUGGACACCCUGUCCGACUUCCAAUGGGACCGGCCGGACAUCAGCUCCCCCACCAAACCCCUGCGGGCCCGGAGAGCCAGGAGAGGGCCGGCCGGGGGGGAGGCGGCCGACAAGGCCCAGUGUGGGAGCCGCGAUGGCGGUGGCAAUGCCGUGUUCCUGCUCUCCCCCUGCCCCCACACCGCCAGCCAGCUCGGACACUUCACCACCGGCACCGGCGGGGACAGCGCGGGGGACACCGGCCUGCAGCAAGUCAUGGACAGACUCCUACCAAGGGGCCUGCAGAGCAUCAUCACCAGCAGGAGGGUCACCCUGCACUGGCUGGACACCAUGGACUGGGCACAGGUGAUGGGCUCCCUCAUUAAUAUGCAAAUCUAUUACAAAUAAUCACUAAUCCAUUAACCUUCCUAUUCCCCGCGAGUAGGACAUGGAUAACCCAAUAACCCAUUGUAGGAGCGGUGACGGCAGUGUCCUCCACUGUGUGGUGAAGUUUUAGGGUUACACUGUGUCCAUGUGAUGUUGCUUAUUUCGGUAAUUGUCGGUAAAUCUGUAGUGGGAAGUUGUCAUUCCCUGGCUCUGCAGUGCUGUGUUUACAUAUAGUGGGGUGUUUUUCAUUUUGGUUGUAAAAAAAAAAAGAAAAAGAAAACACCACUUGUAACUUUAUACUCAUUUCGUGUAACAAAAAUUGUAACAAAGAGGGAUAUUCUAGGCUACAAACAAAACUUUAAUGCAUUUGGAAUGUUUUGGCCACAUCAAUGUCCUGUAGUUAUAUUGUAAAAAAAAGAAAUGCACAACAAAGCCCCAUGUUCCUACUGGUAUAUCCACACAACCUUCUUUUAAAAAAUGUGUUCCUAACUGGGUUUCUACUUGGUGUACCACGCUGCUACAUGUCUGUGUUUGUCAUUCCCUCUUCUCCCCACCAUUAUGUUAUCUGUCUUUUUUUGGCACAUCGUAGUAAUUCACUGUCUAUAAUCAUCACCUGGCAUAGUGCAUUCGACUGCUGUGCAUGCUUUCAUUUACUUGCCAGCACACCUCUUAUGCACUUCUAAACUGCAUUUCCAUAGUCCAAUAAAGUAUGUACUUCGAGAACGCAAGAAUAUGGCAUUCCUGCACCUUCUGUGAAUACACACUGCACUGGUCUAUGGAAAUGUCAUCUAGGAGUGUGAGUUGUGCUGGCAGGUAAAUGACAAUAUCAGUCAAAUUAGUGAAUGUUAUGGAAAAUGUUAGGCACUGGAUUGCUCCAGAUUAGAGGGCAAAGAGCCAUCUUGUACAGAGAAGGCUAUCCCCCCCCCACCCAAAAAAUAAAUAAAUCCUAUAGUGUGUUUUAUAGACAAUAACUUGAGGUUUAAAUGUAUAGCAAAAAAAAUAAAAAUCAAGAUUUGUAGUAGUAGGUCAAAUGAGUGAAGUGCACCUGUUUCAACUAUUCUUGGUGCUAUCCAAAUUCAUGGCAAAAUGUAUAUAUUACAAACCACGCAAUAAAAUAAUUUACAUACCUGUAUGCUGAGAAAUUUUAGGCAAGAGAACCUUCCUCCAACUCUUGCAAUACACAAUAAAAGGGUAUACCAACACCAAACCAUAUGCUAAAAAUGAAUGCAAGGGUACUUUUACUUACUCAGUACUCCCUCAAUUACUAACUAUACAAACAUCAAAAAAGAUAAGAAUGCACACCAGUAAUAUGUGUAAUAAAAACACACUUUGUUCUACAAUAUUUAAAACCUCAUAUAUGCAUACUAAGCAGUAACAAAACAUCUACAAUUUCUCAGCGACAUUUUUGAAGUUUUGUACAUCUAGUGCAACACGUAUGAACCUGACAUGUCAACUAUUGGUACACUGGAGAGGGGAUAAGUAUCAGAGCAGGAUUAACCACAAGGGAACCCUGAGGGUAGAUAUGGGCUCCAGAUCUAUGAAUUUGCUUGGCCCAAGUAUAAUCGCUAUGUAAAGAAUGAAAGAGGUGAAAACAAACCAGUACGCUACCUAGGACCCUUAAGCAAUGCAUUCUAUUAGUGGUUUCCAAACCAGUCCCGGAUUUAUACAUUUCGUUAUUUUAUUCCAAUGGAGAAACUGACAAAGCCGGAACUGUUGGUCGUUCUUGGGGACUGGUUUAGGAAACACUGCAUUAUAUCAUAGCAUUAAGAAAACUGCAUGAGGCAAACCCGUGCCUCAAAACUAGGUUACAAAAUUUAUUAAACUGGUCGUGCUAUGAGGUCUGGUGGAGAUUGUCACCAGAGGAAUACGGAUGUCAUUUAUCAAAUAACAUGUUAGUAUACUCACAUGUUGUAUUGAAAUUUGAUAUCUUUAUCAUUUGAUUGUUACCCAUUGAGUUGCAGAAGCCAAGAUAACUUCUUAAGAUCUGUUUCACUGUUGUAAUAUUUAGUUUUUUAAAUAAACUUUCAUUUCUCCUGUAGGUUUGGAAUUUGUCAGAGCAUUCUGGUUACUUGACAAUGGUGGAAUUAAUGCAGCUUAUUGGAGGAAGAGUUCUGCCAUCAGCAUCAUUACUACUUUCUUCAAGCCACCAACUAUCCUUUAGUCAUUUCAAUCCAACUACAAGUCUCAAUAUCCCCUGUGAUUCUGUUCUGAAUUAUGUAAUAUGCAGUGAGGCUGACCAUCGGCUGCUUUUUCCACAGCAAAAUGGUGUUGUUUUCUUCAUACCACCUGGUAAUUGAUUUUGCUGUUUUGCAAGCGCAUUUUCAGAAUUUGGGUGAUCCAUAGUUCCGAUUUCUAAACAGUGUUUACAUUUCAGGUGUAGCUGCUGAUCGCUGGGAAUGCCCUGUCACUUUAGAACCUCUUUCCAUAAGCCAAAGACAUUCUAAGAGUUUAACUAUUCGGCUCAAAGGAAUUGUACAGCACUGGAGCCAAAAUCAGAAUAGUUCUCUUACUACAGAGACCUGGAUACUUCAAAAUUCUGCUGAAGAUAUGUCAUGCUGUCACUUACCAGAGCUGCUGCGUACUCUUUUGUCUGGAAGACUACACAUGGUAAUUUAAAAAAAGAAUUCUAAAUUUUUUUUUCUAAGAAUAAGGUUCAGUCAGUACACUGUGUUUUCCCAUGCAUUUUUAGUGGGUUUAUGCUGCUGACAUAGGUAAUGCUUGAUUAAACAAGGAUUCACAUGGUCCUUGUACUACUAAGCAUUGUAUAAUUUUUUGAGUGUCUGCAUGUUGGACGUUAUGUUUGUAUAAAAGUUUGUAUCCCUGCAUUGUUUAUACUAUUUUGUAACGGGAAAUUUAAAGUCAACUUGUUACCUGUGAAAAUGCUCUAAUUAGAGGUCACAGCUAUAUUCACAGGUUUUUAAUGAUCUUUUGUAUCAGAUCUAUUCUUGAUUUGUCAUGUAUCUUUUAUGAAAGCUAACUAACAAAAUACUUCACGACUAACAACCUUAAUGUCUGCAAAUCACAUACGAAAAAAAAAAUUGUGCAGCUUCUUCUCAGAGGUAAAUUUAAAAGGUUACUCCAAUGCUUUUAGCUAUACGUUUUUUAUUUAUUUUUUUAAAUGCAGAAUACCCUAUUGGACAUUAUUCUCCAGGUCAUCCCAUUGUAGGGCGAAAAAAACAAAACUUAAUAAAUAACGUUAAAAGCAACACUAUAGGGUCAGCAACACAAGCCUGUAUUCCUGACACUAUAGUGUUAAAAACACUAUCUAGCCCCAUUGCCCUGUCCCCCUCUAAAUACAGCAAUAUCUUACCUUCAUUCCAAUCUGUUGGUGCUGGCUCUGCCUCCUAGGCUGACAUCAGAAGUGAUGAUCUCAGCCACUCACAAUGCUUUCCCAUAGGAAGGCAUUGGAUUGACUGAGAUUGUCAAUUCUGAUUUAUUUUAGCCUAGGAGGCAGGUCGGGGCAGAGCCAAACACCACCAUAGCCAAUCAGCAUUUCCUUGUAAAACUGCAUUGACUUAAUGCAUCUCUGAGGCAUGUUCAGAGUCUCCAUGCAGAGGGUGGAGACAAUGAAUGUCAGUGGUACAGCAUUUCCCCAGUGGCCAUCUGAGUAGUGUGUAAUGUAAACACUUCAUUUUUGUUUUGUUUUUCUGGGGGGGAAAAAGUGUUUACUGCAAAAAGCCCGCAGGGACAGGCUAUACUCACCAGAAUUACAUUCAGCUGUGGUUGUUUUGUUGGCUAUAGUGUCCCUUUAAACUUUCCUGUAAUCCAAUGCCCUAGAAGCUUUUGCAAUGAGCUAAGCUCUGCGGUGUAGUGCUUGGCUCGUUGGCUUAGAGAGCUCAGUUUAUGCUUUCUGCUAAUUGGCGCCUGCCCUGCAUGGUAGGGCUUGUCUCUGUGGAGCAAACGGAAGCUGCUUUAGAGUUUGGAUGGGGUAGGUGUCAAGCACCUAGCGGACCCCAGGUAAGCUAUCAAACAAUUUAACUAAAUACUCUUGGCGCCAUAAUCACUUCAGCAGCCUGCAGUGUUUAUUGUGUUUGCAAUAUUCUUUUAUGCAUAUUUUCUUAAAGGACCACUAUAGUGCCAGGAAAACAAACUUUUUCCUGGCACUAUAGGGUCUUUAGGUCCCCCCACCCUCAGGGUCCCACUCCCGCUGGGCUGAAGGGGUUAAAACACUUACCUUUCUCCAGCACCAGGCUCCCUCCUCCUGCCGACAUUGGCACCGAAUGCGCAUUCGCAGCAAGAGCCACACGUGCAUUCAAACCGCCCAUAGGAAAGCAUUUCUCAAUGCUUUCCUAUGGACGUCCAGCGUCUUCUCACUUAUUUUCACAGUGAGAAUCGCAGAAGUGCCUCUAGCGGCUGUCAGUGAGACAGCCACUAGAGGCUGGAUUAACCCUAGUGUAAACAUAGCAGUUUCAGAGAAACUGCUAUCUUUACAGCUGCAGGGUUAACACUAGAUGGACCUGGCACCCAGGCCACUUAAUUGAGCUGACUUGGUCUGGGUGCCUAUAGCGGUCCUUUAACUAACAGUUCCUUGAUCUUUCACCCCAGUAAAUGCUAUUCCAAUGUUUGGUGUGAGUAUAGCAGUGGAGGUCAGUUAAAAUAAAAAAAAUUCAACUGAAUUGAAUAAAAUGACAAGCGCAUACAGGAUGUCAGUCAAGCUGAGACAGAAGUAACACCGGUGUUGCUUUGGUUGCACUUUUGUGUUUGUGCAUCUAACCAUAAAAUGCCAUGUGUGUUCGGCAUUUUCUCCAGCAGUGACAUAUAUGAGCAUGCACCAUGUGUGUUUAUGAAAUUACAUACUUUCCCGGGCCUGCGUGUGAAUUCAGAUAAAAUAAAUCACAAAGAAUUUUAAAAUACAUUUAGCGCAACUUACAAUUUUACAAGUCUUACUGACCUAUUGUUUUUCAGGCUGCUGAUGUAUUUACAGAAGAAGAUCUGUGCCCUAGAACAGGAGUCCUUACCCCUAUUUCACAGACAUCCGCAAUCCUUAAUGUGAUUUGCAGUGGUGAAAAAGAUGGAUUGGGCAAGUUUUGUUUACCUGAAAGUCUUAAUAACUGUGAGGAUACUUCUGACGACCUCUCUGACAUUGUAAGCAGUGCCCUCAGGAAUGUGUCUCCAUUCAGUGACCACACUUCAGUAUCUGGUAAGCUUAAGAACUUCAAAUGUUUUCUUCUUUUAGUGAGUGAACUGAGGAUGUACUCAAACCCUGCCUAUGUUAUGUAAGCAUAAUCGAUACACCCUGGUUACCCAUAUUUUUUAAAGAGGUUCUCAUACAAUAUAUGAUCAGAAUAUUUAAGUUGCUAAAUACUUUUUCAAUCUGUACAUUAAGUUGGCUAGGCAGUCAGUAAAACAUUGUUUGAUUUGCAUACAUAGAACCAUCUCAGUCUAGCUGCAUGAUGUUUCUUAGGUGUAUGCUUAGACCGCAUGCGCUGCAAUCGUACCCAUAAGUAAUGUAAUUUAGGGUGAGUUGUAAGCUAAGUAUACAGCGUAAUUUGGAUGCACACAAACUAGAGCCAUAGGUUUCUCCAGUAUGUAAAAUUAAAAUAUAAAUAAGACUUCACUAGUAAACACAUUGGAGAUUUAUCAAAAUUUCCCACACAAUUUUGCGUUUUUUUUUUUUUGUUUUGUUUUUUUUUUAACACUCUGACCAUGAUUUUUGAAUAUACAUCAUGUUUGGAGACGCAACAAGUUUAUCAAUCUUUCCAUCACUUUUCUGCCACAAUGGUGUUCUGUAUCACUUCUUUUUUGACUGCAACUCUUAAUUUGGCUGUCCUUUUCUGCAACAAGAAUGGUGAAAUUUACACAGAGAAAAGCAGACACAUUUUAGAUCGAUUUAGUAGAAUAGACUGGAGAACAAAAAUUGUAAUGGGUUGGGAUGAAUGGAAUCACUAUGCAGCGAAAGGAAAAAGCAAAGUCACUUAACGGAAAGGCUCUGAAAUAAAAAAGUCACUGUGGGCGACUUCUUUAACAGGUUAGUCUAAGAAGGGCGGGCACGCAGUCUUUAGCAGGUUAAUCAGUGCUAGGAUCAGGCAGGCAAAAGUUAACUUGGGAAUCCUAGACAGGGUCGGGCAUGCAAUGGUUAACCAAGGCAGGGUCGGGCACGCUAAGGGUUGUUAACCAAGCCUUCCCAUGAGGAGGGGUCCAUGAGCCUAUAUAAGUAGAUGGCCCCCUUUUGGUGAAUAGGCUUCCACACUCCUUUUGUGGACAGGAUUCUUUGUUGGUUUGCCCUUUAAUUCAGUUGUUCCCCACAUAUGCUGUGAUGGAUCCUCCAUGCUUGUAACACCCUGAAGAGAUCCUGGAAUAGCGUAGGGGACAAACAAUGAGGAUUUGUGCAGAAUGCCUGCCAGGGAAGAGGCAGGCUGAUGGACUAGCAAGGCGUGCCUCCUUUCCCCUGCAAGCUGCAACCCUAGUGGAGUGGCUAACAGGGCACUGUGUGCCGCAGACUAACAGCGGAAUUUGCCGGAGGCCAGGAAGCAGGCUUGGCCCGUCCCUCUCACUCAGGACGCAGAGAUCCAUGUGGUGCGCCUGCUUCUCCAUCAUGCGAUGACAAAAAUACAACUCAUUUUAGAACACUUUGAUAAAUCUCCCUAAUAUAUUGAAUAAGGAACGCUAUAGCAUUAGGAAUACAAACCGGUAUUCCUAACGCUGUAUUGUGCAUUGUCCCCUUACAACCACCCAUUUUUAUUUAUUUAUUUAUUCUGACUAGGUCUCCGUCUCCCACAUCGUCACAGUAAUUGUGGGCUCUAAUACGCAUGCAUUUCACUUGCCACCAUGUGCAUUAAAGCUUCCUCAUAAGAAAACAUUGAAUUAAUGAUUUCCUUUUGUGAAUUUGAAGAUGUUGGACAUCCUCAUGCAACUCUUGUUUGAGAACAGGAAGCACAUCUAGUGGCUGUCUAGAAGACGGCUACUAGUGGUGGACUUAACAUUGCAAUGUAAAGAUUGCAGUUUCUCAGGAACUGCAAUGUUUUACAUUGAAGAGUUCAACAGAUAGGGACAAUGCACCCAGACCACUUCAAGAGAUUACGUGGUCUGGGUGCAUAUAGUUGUCCUUUUUAGACAGGCCUCUAGAAUACUUAUGUUGAAUUUGAAAGCUCUUAAAAUUUAGCAAAACUAGCGAAUUUGGAACGUAGUUUUUACAAUCAGUCUACUUUGAUCUCAGUGUUAAAGUUCAACAUUUUAAAUCCAUAGCAGUUCACGGUUUAGUGUGUAAACGGUAGUAUAUUCAUAAACUUGCUUUCCGUGCUAUAAGUGUAUGUAGAAUAUUGGUUCAUCAGAAGUGAACUGCUUAGGCUGAGGGAGUGGUUUUUGAUGUUCCACUGAUGCCAGCAAUAUUGACUGCAGCUGUAAACGGAGCACUACACAAUACAAUCUGCAAUAUGUUAUGAUAUAUGCACACAAAAUUGUUGCGUACAUUGGUGAAGUAAAUUACUUAAUUGCUGGACUCUAUAUAAUUAUUGUAAAAAUUGUGACAUUCUGUACAUUUGUAAAAAAAAAAAUAUAUAAACACGCACAAAACUUAAAAUUCUUUUGGCUUACGUUUUAUUGUUAAAUGCGAAGUCUAUAACUCUUCAAACGUUGUCUGUGAAUGUAUUCACAAAGCAUCAAUUUGACAAAGGACAAACAUUAUAAUUGAGAUUUUUUGCAAACCAUGGAAUAGUUUAAGUAACCCCAACACAAAUGCCUUGGAUUUCUUCAGAAUCUUUUCCACACUUCAUGUCUUAUAGUAAAUUCAUGGUAGUUAAAGUGCCUUUUAUUCCUAAACCCCAUUCUUAAACGUAUUUUGAACUGGAAAGUAAAAGUAGUUUUGUGGAUAUGUGUCUAAUAACAAGGUAUUUUUUACUAAUGUUAAAAAUCAGUAAAUUAUAAAAAUUUGUAAAAUGUAACCAUGCACCCAUUUGUUUUGGUGUUUUUAUAUCAACCACUAAAUCUAUUAAUGGACAGAAUGAAAAGCCUAUUCACUGUUUUGUAUUUAAAUCCUAUAUCAUUUUUAAUUUUGUACUGUUGUGGUUUAGAUCUUCCAGUACCAGAGUGGAUUAACCAAGAGCUUACUCAGAAAAGUCGAUGGAACUCUUCCAUUGUUGAAAAAUGGUAUUCCUUAUCUGGAGCCUCUGGUGUUAGCUGUUUCCUAAUGGAAUCAUUUAGGUUAGUUAAAAGAUUUUUAAAAUAUAGGUUUGAAAUAUUAAUGUGUUUAACCUUCUCAAGUUGUAAACUUCUGGAUGUCUUUUGUCUUAAUAUGUAUGCCACAUAUAGCAAUGGAGAGCAUUGAUUGAUUAAAGGGACACUAUAGACACCAAAACAACUUUAGCUUAAUGAAGCAGGUGUGGUGUAGAGCUCAUGCCACUGAUACCAUUGCUUGAUUCUCUGCCAUUUUGUUGCAUCAGUUAAAAUGUUUUGGGGUUUUUUAUGCAGUCCUAUUCACACCUCCCCAGCCUUUCAUGCAGCAGGCAUGGGGAAAAAAAAAGUUUUUCGUUUUCGGUCAGGUGUUAACUUGCGGUUUUUUGUUUUGUUUGUUUGUUUGUUUUUUAAAUCUCCUGCACUGUAAAUCAAACUUUAAUCACACACAGGAGGCUACUGAAAGAAAGUGCUAUUAAUGGUUGAGGAUUUAGGAUGGCUGUGCAAGUGACAUGCAGGGAGGUGCAAUUAGGGCUGUCUCAACCAUGAUUUAACUCCUAAAUGGCAUAGAAUUGAGCAGUGAGACUGCAGGGCGUGAUCUAUACACCAAAACUGCUUUAAUGAGCUAAAGUCAUUUUGGUUACUAUAGUGUUCCCAUUAAUAUGUCUAAGGUCUCAGGUCUUCACACUAGUGAAUCUUUCAGUUGUUUAAGGGUUUAAAUUAUUGAACAGGAAGUGGUAGUUAUUGAAAUUUGGUUAAAACAAUGUUUGGUGUGGGAUUUAAUUAUUCAAUUAUGUCUUUGGUGGUGGAGUGAUUUCUCCUGCAUAUCGUAUUUGCACAGAUAUGGUUUACUUUCUUACCAAACUCCGUUAUGGGACACCCAUAAAGGGCAUCUCUACAGUUUCUAGUUGGAUAUCGUUUUAUUCCCCCCUCCCUCAACUGAAUUAAUAAUGUAGUAUGUUCAAUGUGUAAUUCUGAAACGUGAGAGAAUGCACUGGAGGUUUAGUGUGCAUGUAUUUCCACUCCUUUCUUCAUUCAUGUCAGUGGCACAUUACAUCAUACGCCCCAGUCACUCUUCUGCUUAGUAGACUACUCUGCCUUGUCAUUCAAAGUCAUUGCUUCUCUAGGUCACUUGUAUACCUUCCCCUUAUAGGGACAUGGUAGGCACCAAGACCACUUCAGCUUAUUGAAGUGGUCUGGGUGCAAUGUCCCUUAACCGUACAGUGGUAAUUAUUGCAGUUUUUUUUGUAGAAACGACAAUAAUUACCUGCUACGGUUAACUCCUCCUUUGUAGAGUGAUUUCUGGGUGCUUAGAUGACUUUUGAUCGUUUUAAAUGACGCUGGACAUCUGUGCGCUAUUAAUUAAUGCUCUUCUACGGGGAAAUCCUAAUGGUGCACAUGCGCGGCAAUGGUCGCACUCAAGUUUUCGCCGGUUGAAGUCGGCGGGGGAGGAGCGUGGGCAGACAUUGUCCGAGCGCUGAGGGACAUAGUCGCUGGAUUCAGGUAAGUGAAUGAAGGGUGGGGGCGCGUGGGAGAAGGGCACUGUAGGAACCUAUAGUGCCAGGAAAACAGUCACUAUGGCAUCCCUUUACCAUAUUUUUCACCCAGUGCUGCUACCCACUUUUUGUAUGUGUGGUAUUUUUUGUUUUUUUUUUAUCAAAUGUACUUACCUUUGCUUACCGGGCAGGCCUCAUUCCAGGUAUCUAGAAGUAUAAGCGGAGGCAUUGGGGCUGUCUAACCACUUCCUGAUGGUGGUUUUGUUAUGAGAAGAUAUUGGUGAUCAAUCUGUGGAUAUUCUUCCUGGGCUUUGCAUACUGUGUAUAUAUACAACAUUCAAGGUUCUGUAUUUUGUAAAUCCCUUGCAGGUUAAUCCAUGCAGGUGCUUGUGAUGAGGAUGAUCCAUUAAAAUGUGAUCAGGAAAUCACACAUUAUCUGUCCGAUUACUAUGAGCUGAAAUCCAAUGAAGAGACGGGAAUUGCUGCACAAGGAGAAAAUCCCAAAAAACGUACGUUUUCAUCAUGUUUCUGAAGAGAUUGUUCCCCAGACAUGGCUUUUGUAAUUCAUAUUAAAAAAAAAAAAAAAAAAACAAUUUUAAAGUUCUUUAAGGAAAGAAGGAUUUGAAAUUGUAAUCUAUUUUUUAUUUUUUUAUUUUUUUUGUGGGUAAUAGUUAAAAAAAAAAGUAUGAAUGCUCUUAAAGGACCACUAUAUCAUUAGGAAUACAAACGUGAACUUUAAUGACACCCAGGCUUGAUUUUGUGACAUCUUGUUAAUUUAUAGGUAAUUAAGAAAUUAAAUUAAAUAAUUUCUGGCCUCUUGUUGUUGAAUGCAUUGUUGUUGAAUGCAUUGCUCGGUUAUUUAAAAAAAAAAAAAAUUGACAUCAAAUGUUUGUAAAUAUACUACUUCACGAUGGAAGUGGCUUGCUUAUCUCUGCAUACCUCCUCUAUGGCAUCAAUAGGGCAAUCAGUACACUAGGUUUGCAGAGGUAUUCCUCAGACUGAAUGAGAGCUCUUAAAGCUUUAGCGGAAAUAAUUUCUGGCCUCUUGUUGUUGAAUGCAUUGCUCGGUUUUGUUUUUUAUGCCGACUUUACUCAAAUAUAAUCGCCUUUACACUCUUUAGCGCCUCUUUGACAAUAGUUUUCUUGAAUAAAAGAGAAAAGAGUAUAGUAUGAAGAGUUUUUUUUGUUUGUUUGUUUUUUUGUGCCUGUAACACACAUUUAGGAUUACUUUGUUAAUUGGGCACUCUUCAGUUAAAAGAUGUCCUUUAUUAACCCAUUAGGACACAUGACAUGUGUGACAUGUCAUGAUUCCCUUUUAUUCCAGAAGUUUGAUCCUUAAGGGGUUAAACACUGUAUUACAUUGGAACACAGUGUGCAGGUGGCGGGCAUGAAGGAGCGAGAUACUAAGUACCUUGUACAUCAUAAUAGCUGUUAAUCAGUGCUGUCUUUGAGUAUAUGCUAGGAACUGCACAAAUCACUUUGUUGUCUCCCUCCGAUGUGCACUGCAUGCAUAUUGUGUUCUAAUUUAAUACUGUGUGUUUAACCCCUUAAGGACACAUGACAUGUGUGACAUGUCAUGAUUCCCUUUUAUUCCAGAAGUUUGGUCCUUAAGGGGUUAAAAGGAACAUCUUUUUGAACAAGCUGUGGAAGCAUUUUUUUGGGAGAAGAAUUUGCCCACUUUAGUUGCUGGACCAUUUAAAAAAAUAAAUUUUCUUUACCUGCUUUGAGACUUGUCUACUAAAUUUGGUCUUGGAAUUCACUCAUGAGAUGCAUCUACUUGAAAUCGCCUUUAGACUCCACCCUGAUUUCAUAAAAUUUAUUUUACUUUGAUCAUACUUUUACCAUUAUUUAACUGUGUAUGGUUUUCAAAAUGUAAAAUUCAUUUUUUUAUUUUUAUUUCUUUUCUUCGUCUUCUUCAUGUAAGGUCUUCCAAGAACUCCAGUGCGGCAGAAAAUGAAAACCAUGCCCCGGGCUUUGCAGAUGCUUAAUGCUGCCAGGCUUAUUAAAGCUCAGAAAUCCCAGCCUGAUAAUGUUCUAGCUGUACCUAAUGAAAAGAAUUCCCAGGCAAAGAAGAGAACAUCAGACAAACAAGACGAUAAAGCAAAGUCCCUGAAAGUCACUGGUAAUAAACUAUGAUUUUUGUGCUGUAUACCAUUGAGUUGUAAGUUAAAGGAACAGUCCAUUAAAAAGAGAAAAAACUAUAUAAUAGAUAUACCCCUAAAGGAAAUAUGCAUGUAAUUUGUUUUGCAUGUUUUCUUUGAGGGUAAAUGAAUUCUUGGCUUGUAAUAGCUACAUAUCUAGUAUUUGCGGCUUCUGCAAGCCCUUCCCACAUUACUCAGCACAGACUGUUUGGCUGUCCAAUCACAGACUUCUCAUUCAGGUGCUCUGGGCGAUUGCCUGAUUCUGGAGUUGAGCUCGUGGUGCUAUACUGCCAGGAUGUAAUAGGACCUACUGUCUGACAGCCAGAAGAUGUAACCUGUUUUUUGUUUUUAAAGAAAACUGUGCUUAUUUCUUUUGAAGUGGACACUUUUAUGAAAUGUAAAAAAGCACACACUCUUCAUGCAUAAAGCAUUUCAGCAAGCUUUGUUUUUAGUGUUCCUUUAUUAUUUUCGCCAUUUAUAUAGCGCCAACAGAUUCCGUAGCGCUUUACAAUAUUAUUAGAGGGGGGAUUUAACUAUAAAUAGGACAAUUACAAGAAAACUUACAGAAACAAUAGGUUGAAGGUUGGGCCCUGCUCAAACGAGCUUACAGUCUAUAGAUUUAUGAAUAAUUUGUAAACUUCAGAUUGUCUGUAAUGAACAUUUAACAUAUUAAGAUAUUAUUUUAUAUAAAGUCCAAAUAGGGAAAUAAAAUGCCUGAAUCCUAUUUCUGCUUUAGUGUAAUGUUUAUUAAUAGACUUGUGCACCGCAAAAAAGGUGGCAUGUUUAGAAAACAUCCAGUGGCUGCAGAAUUGCUGCCUAGUUACUUUAAAUCUUAACUGGUUCGGGGAGGAUGACACUAAAUGGUCCCCCAGCACGACCUGUGAGUGGAGGUACUUUAAAAUCAAGAAGGGUAUUGACUAAUGUUUAGGCUUUGUGUGUGGUGGGUGUAUUAUGCUAGAUAUAAACUGUAACAUUUGCUUUGUAGGUUUUAAAUCUGAAGAUGAACUGUUUGCUUUACUAAAUGAGGAUUAUGAGAAGGCUAUUUCUGUUCAGGAAGAUUCACUACUAACUUGUGCCAAAAAUGCCAUAACAACCAUCAGAUCAUACAUGAAAUCAAACCUCCCUGAACUUGUUGAGGUAAAUAAUGUUCCUUUGGCCUGACUUCUUUUCUCUUUACUCCCCCUCAAAAUAUGUAAACUUAAUUCUCAUAUUUUUUUGUAGAUGGAUUGUGUGAGCAGAAUCAGACAUCUUUUGAAGACCAGCAAGACCAUUAGACAGCUUUAUGGGAAUAACCAGAAAAAAGAAACUAAACUUAGAGAGUAUGUAACGGAUUUCUUUGUUUGACUUUUACCAUCUUUAUCAAGUAUAGUCAUGACUGUUAUGUAACUUAGUUUAUUUCUCUAUUGUAGAUGUCAAAUCCAAGUAUUUCUAAGGUUAGAAAUGUGUGCACAGUGUCCAGUUCUACAAACAAACACAGAUGACCUAGAGCAAACUGUUGAAGAGGUCAGUUUUAGCUUGGUACUCUGAAUUUCUAAAGUAAGACAGGUGUAUGCUAUUUUGCUUAUAAUUUAUACUGUGAAUUACAUUCCCUUUUCAUUAAAACUUCAUUGUAAACUUGAAAAUGAGAAAGGUCACCUGAAGAUACAUAAAGUACAUGUAAUCUAAUAUGGCGCUGUUAAGAUUGUCUAGGUGUCACAUUUCUUUCAUAUUUUAGUAGUAUUUUGAUACACACAGAAAAUUUCUAAUAGUUUUUUUUUCUUCCUCCCAGAUAACCGAUAUGCUGCGUAUUAUCUCUUUAACAGAAGAUCCAUCGUUUCUCACAAAAUUUCUUAAUGAAAAUGUACUUGUAGAGUACGUAUUUACUUGUCUUCUUUUUCAAUGUCCACAGUUUUCUGUUCUCAAUCCACGUUUCAAGAAUAAGCCAAUUUUAACCCCUUAAGGACCAAACUUCUGGAAUAAAAGGGAAUCAUGACAUGUCACGUGUCCUUAAGGGGUUAAAGCAGCUCUGUCACUAAACAUAAACCUUGUCCAAUCUGCUUCUCUAUAGCUCCGUGUGUCUGAAUUUUAUUUAUUUUUUUUUACAAAACUUAACAAGGGCCAAUGAUUAAACUAAGGUUCUAUUUCAUAUAAAAUGAACUGUUUCGGUUCACCUUAUGCUAUGAAUACAUGCUACAACACAAACAAUCUAUCUUACAUACACCUUGUAAAAUUCUUCUUAUAUACAACAAAUAUUAAGUGUGGAAAAUAGCUAAGAUGCUGAUGGAGGGGCCUAGCUAAAUAUAUAUCCCUUAUUUUCCCUCUCCUCCAUGGACAUGUGAAUAAUAUAGGGUCUUUGCAAAAAAAGCAAAGAACUUCAGUUUUACACAUAUGCUUUAAGUUCAAGCUUUUUUUUUUUUUUUUAGCUGGAUUAAUCUUCACUCUUGAGUGAGUCUUCAUUGGUAUAGAUCUAAACACUACUUGUAAACUUUAACACUUGUACUAAACUGCAAAACAAAUAGGGUUUGCUUCACUUCAGGAUUCUAAAAAUUAUCCUUGUCCUAUUUUUUUAAAUAUAGAACUUUUUUUGCUUGACAUUCAAUGUGGUUGAAUUAUUGAAUUUACAGGUAUAUAACCGUGAUGCCUAAAAUCCUGGCAGAGAUCUACUUUAGUCUGGGGACACAGAUACCUGAGGAUUUGGCCUUAGUUCUUCCUGCAGACGACGAGGACUCUAUUGUUCAUGAAGGCAUAACACCAGUAUAUUCUCAGCCAUCAGUCUCAAGGGUUCCCAGCAUUCCUCAACUUGUAACUGAGGAGGACCAGCUUGAAGAGCUGCGUACAAAAUCUGCCAGAAAAAGAAGGUAACUUUUUAGUGGUGUAGUUUACAUUGGCGUGUUUUUUUGUUUUGUUUUUUGCCUUAUGAUAUACAGCUGUAUGUCCAACUACAUUUAGACUAUAUUUUAAUCUCAUUUAAAUACCAGCUUCAUGCUAUAUUACCAAUUCACUGCCUCUGAAUUGCUUUCUUUCUUUUUCUGUUAGUUUUCUUAGUGGGGUUUAUCCUCUUAAAUGAUGAGAAUUGAACAAUUCAGGCCAAUAUAAUUGAGUUGGAGAAUUUUUUCCAGUUCUGCUGUUUUUAGCUUUAACAUGAAUUUGUCAGUUCUGUACUAAUUCAGUUAAGAAAAACCAACAUUAUCUGCACAUUGAAAACCUCCAUUUUGUAUUCUUCAGUUAACGAGAAAAUAACGGUUGGAGUACACCCAUACCCUCCACCGCUAUUUUUGUAAUGCAUUAUAUGUAAAUACACUAAAAAUAUGGAUAAUAACAAAAUUGGGUAAUUGCUAAAUCUGCAUCCAUUGGUACAAUGUGCUCUGAAUCCUGGGACUUAUUAUAAGGUGAAAUGGAGCCUCUGGUAGGGAAUCAUUAGUUUCCAAUUUUAUAAGGAAGGUGGAGAGUAAAUAUGAAUUUGAAUGUAUUACUUAUGCUAGUAAGUAGACAACAAGGACAAACCAUAGUCAACACAACCAAAACACAUUCUGUGGCCAAGGACAUACACAGCUCAAUGUGAAUAAUUAGUGGAAAAAGUCUAAUAAAAUUCUUGUGCAACAUUGAAUAUUUAUUUCACCAACACAGUGGGUGUCAUGGGAAGUUAUAACUAUUAAUUAAAUGAACUAAAAUUAGUAGUGCAUUUUUAAUACAAUUUGUAUGUCUGCUUUUAUUAGUGAGUUGGUAUCCCGGUCCAUCUGUAAUUUCUUUUGUUUUGUAAUUAUUUUUUGUUGAUUACUAUUUUCUCUUCUCAUUUUUGUUUCUGUUGCUAUUUUCUUCUUGUUUUUGAUUAUAUAGUAUUCAUAAAAAUAAUUUAUAGCUUGAUAGGUGGGGGGGAGCAACUCAUAUUUGCUUUUAUUUUUUAAUUUUUUUUGAUUGUGACUGAUAUUCAUUUGCUGUUAUCUUUGUGCUUUUUACUUGUGAUAAACCUGUUUAAUUUUUUGUGUAUCUGCUUCCUUUUUUCUCCUCUACUAAAAAAUAUAGUUUUAAAAUUCUGUAUUGAACAUUAGCAGGCUUCAUCAUUAUCAUAAUUCUUUGCAAUUUUCUAAAAUGUAAUGUGUCUUUUGGAACUAAUAUUUUUCCACUUAAAAUCUAUUUUUAUUAAUUUUUUUGGCAUUUAGCCGCAGUACAGGAGGGGAUGUUCUACUUACAGGUGGUCAAGAAGCCUCUGUAAUGAAAUAUGCAAAUUAUUUGGCAAAACCCUCCCAAUCAUACCUUUAAAUAAUGAGUCUGCCAAACUGUCCUCAGUUCUUACUUUCCCAGUGUGCGGCACAAACCUGCCUCUCAGCAGGUUCACAAUAGUGAAGAACACUGGCUGCUACUUGGGGGGGAAUGGCCCUGGUAGUUCCCUGGAUGGUGAACUGAAUGGCAGCCAGUAGGGAGCCGGACGAAAUUAUGGAUCAGUCUGUACAGCUCAGUUUUAUUUCUAAUUUCACUUUUAUUAGGAAAGUGAAUUAUCUUCUAAACACUGUGCUCAACUGGUAGAAUAAGCCCCCAUUGAAGGCUCUUUAAAAUUAAGAAAUACACCAAUCAGAAAACUGAUGAUUCCACUAGCAGGUGAAUAUAAAGAAACAAAAAUUUAAAAAGCUAUUAAAAGCCCAAUGGCCAAUUAAUAAAAGUUUAUCAAAAUUCUGCCUAAGAUGUUAAAUUACACUUGCAGAACUGUGUUUAAAUUAUGUAAAUAUUUUGUGAGUAAACAUACAAAAUAGAGGAAUAUUACCAAAAUAAACAGGUUACAAAUGGCACAAAUUGAUAAAUAAUACAAAUAGGUGUGAUGGUUGGCACUUAAUGUGACUAGGUGUGUGUAUAAUUUUAGCAGCUAUAACACUCUAGUGGAUACCCCUUAUAUCACACAAAUAAAUCCUCAAAUAUAACAAACACAAACUCCGUGUUUAUGUGAUGUACUCCACCAGCAUGCAGCGCUAAAAUUUGUGUGGGAGAACAACCAUUUAAGGCAUAUACCAGGGCAGUAUGUAGACCUUUAAAAGGAAAAAUAAACAAUUAGUGCAAUUCCCUGUGGUAAGUACAAAUUAGUAUCAAAAGUGAAUGAAUGUGAGGUCGUGAUACUAAUUUGUACUUUUUAUGUUUGAUUACUAACAAUGUUGAUUUAAAAAAAAAAAAAAAUCCGCUUAAAAUGCACAAUAUUGUAUGAUGAAUAUAAAAGUUCUUGUUUAGAACAGUUCAGGGAUAAUGUGACCGCACGGAUAUUUCAACUCCUGCUAUUCAAACAGCCGGAGUCAUUCCUAAUUAGCUGUGAUUUAUUUUAUUUUUUUGUACCAAGGUGUUUACACGUAGUGGUACCGAAGGUUUUUCUGUUCCACUCAGAAUCUGGACCAUUAAACAGGGUCCUAUAAGUUAUGAAUGCCAAUCUAUAAAAUGGACAAAUACAACAGAGCCAUAGUGCUCUCCAUUAAAUUUUAUUGAAAAGUAUAGAUCAAGAUUAAAAGCACUCAUGGAUUCACAAGGAUAAACACAGCUCAUGAAAAAGUGGAGACAAACUGUUAUCAGCGCUAGCUGUUCUCCCACUGAAAAUGCCAGCUGAAGGGGGAAUCUUAUUUCGGGCUAUUUAACCCUUUAAAUAACAAAUACAUUCCCCGUUCCUUUUUAAACCAUUAAAAAACUAAUUUAAGUCCAUUAUAAACAUAUUAUUCAAUAAAUAAGGGGGGGCAUUUAAAAAACAUAAAAUAAAUGCAUUAAUAAAAAACUAAGCAAUUAAAUUGAUUCAUGUACCUGGGCAUAUCCUUACAUCAAAAAGACCGGGUCACAGUCACCACAGAUGCUUCAUAAACUGGAUUUGUCAAACUUAAGAGAAAUGAAAGUGCUUCUGGAAGCUUUACUUUCCUUCAAGCACUCGAAUAUAGGAAAAUUGUAAGGAUUCAAUUAGACAACAUCACAGCACUCACUUGUCUGAACAAAUAAGGAGGAACUAAAGUAGAAUCUCUGUCACGCCUCUGCACAGUUCAUAUUGUGGUCAGAAAGAGGAACGUAUGCUGGAUUUCCUGCUGAAGGUCUACUUCUAAGAUUUACAACCAGAAGGUGUACUUUUAAGAUUUACUCAAAUCUGGAGGGGAAAAAAAUUCUAGUAUGGUGCAAAGACCCUGACAGCUUCAGGUUACCUCCUCCCAUUCAAGUUAUUCUUUGUUUUCUUCAAGAUGUAUCUUUUUUUUUUUUUGGCAGCAUUAUCCAACCCAUCAUUCUUCCCACGCUAUGUCAACCUCCUUCUUCUCAUAAGGAAGCCAAGUUACAUUUGUUGGAUGGAAAAGAACGCUGGAGAUCUCAACCAGUCGUCGGCAUUCUGAUUAUCUGAUCAACUUUUUGUCAAUUUUCAGGGUGCUUUAUAAGGGGAAAAGAAGCCUCCAAAUCAACAAUUACUAGAUGGUUGACAGAGGCCAUCAAGAUGGCCUAUCAGGUGGUUGGUCAAUGCCUUUCUACACAUAUAAAGGCUCAUUCCACUAGAGCUAUAGCUACCUCCUCAGUCAGCACCUUCAUUUGUCAUUACAGGCUAGACUUAUUUUCCUCCUCAGAAGCUGCUUUCAGACAUAAGGUGUAUUGGCAGCUGUCACCUGACUGACCCAUCCACAUUUGCGGAUCUUGCUAUAUCCCUCCUGUACUGCUGCUAUAUGCCAGGAAAAACUGAAAUUGUACUUACCAUAAAUUAUAUUUUCCUUAGUGUAGCAGCAGUACAGAUUUCCCACCCUGUAAUUAACUAUUUCUGUAUAUAUUUUGAUCUCCGUAUUCUUAUUUCUUGUUAUUACUGAGGACUGUUCAGAUCUAUUACAUAAGGUCUGAUGUGGAGGGUUUUGCCAAGUUUGCAUAUUUUAUUUCAGAGGCUACUCAUCUACCUGAAAGUAGAAUAUUUCUCUUUUACUGCCGCUAUACUAAGGAAAAAAUAUUUUAUGAUGUUUAUAAAAUUUCUGUUUUCUGAAUUUGAAUCAGAAAAUCAUCAUGCAUGUAUUUUUUUUUAUUUUUUGUGACCUUAUGAUUCUUUUCACUACAAAGGUGUGUUGUUUUUUUUUUGUUUUUGUUUUUCUUCUUAGUACCAUAACACGACACAGGAGCAUUGCAGAAUCAUCCCAAGUAAUGCGUCAGAUUGAAAUUCCUAAGAAACAAACUAAUAAAGUAAGAAUGUUCUUGCCAUUAGUGAGAGAAUUAUGUAUAUAUCAUAACCUAAUCUCAUGUUCCUGUUAUUUGCAAGGCCUUUUAAAUGGAAAAAACUGUUUAAAUGUUAAUUUUAAUGAUCCAGAGAAAAAUGUAACCAUGUUAGGAAACAUUUUCAUAUUCGCACUUAAAGGAGCAUUCCGGUCACCAUAACUUUAAAAUUACGUUGUUAUGGUGCUAGGAGGCCUCUAGGCGUUCUCUUACCUUAAUCGUUCUCAAACAAUUUAACCCCAAAGGUUGCCUCCAGCUCCAAACUGGCUCCCCCCGGUGGCAUCUGGCUUCUGAAGCGGAGCUAAAGGGAUUGCGGUGUGCCGCCAGGCAGGGGCACAGCUGAUUGUCUAGAACGAUCUAAGUCGAUCAAUAGCUUCCCAUUUAUAAAAAAAAAAAAAGUACUGAACACUCUAGCCAAUCAGCAGUACCCCUAACCGGCAGCACGCCACACUUCUUAUAACCUUUUGAGAAUGGUUUAACUCCUUAAGUUAAGAGCGUGCCCUGUCACCAUACCAAAUUAAUUUCUGUGAAGUUUAUGGUACCCAAACUGUUCCUUCAGUCAGACUGCAGGUUUUAGUUUUGUUUUUCCUUCCAUGAAAAAAGGUGUCUGUAAGCAGCUGAGCCUAUCUUAAAGGAACAUUGCAAGAACCAUAACUUCUAUAGCCUAUUGAAGUGUUUAUGAUGCCAGGAGUGCCAUAUUGCCAUCUCGUGACCUGUCAGCCUGCUUUUGUAUGGUUUGUUGCCUGGUAUCCUGAAGCGCACAUGGGCUGUUUCCAUUCUUCUCAAGCUGUAGAAGGUGGAUAUUAAUUUUGUGCAAGAUAAAAGCUCAUUCAUUGGUGAAGAGCAUCACAGGGACCCAGGUAAGUGAUCUGUGCUAAAACAGUUUGGCAGGUUACUGUUUGACAGUCAGGGCACUGGUAAGAUUUGCAUCCACUACAGUAGGCUAUGGAGGUUGGAGUGUUCCUUUCAAUAAUGGUCCGAUCGUAAUUCUCAAAUUCUAAAUUCACAAAAAGUAAUUUAAGCAGUUAAGGACGGGUGGGCGUUCUAUGCCUUCCUUUUUGGGGUGGCUCUAAACGCCAGAGGGCGGCAUUAUUAUUACGUUAUUUAUAUAGUGCCAACAGAUUCUGCAGCGCUUUACAGUGGGUGGACGAACAGACAUGUAGUUGUAACCAGACAAGUUGGACACACAGGAACAGAGGGAUCAAGGGCACUGCUCAAUUUGCUUACAUGCUAGAGGGAGUGGGGUAAAGUGACACAAAAGGUAAGGAUAGUAUUGGACUAAUGACAGUUGCAAGAGAGGAAUCAGUCGGGAGCUAUUAGAACAUAGAACGUCUCCGGCUUCCUUCAUACUCAUCAGCUCCCCGCUGAUCCCCGGACGGUGGUCGCUAUCCUGGGAUAUGCCUGGGAGAUCAAGCACACCCCUUCUGCCCGAUCCGGCCCUCUCGGGCCAUGUGAUCGCAGGAUCCUCGCUAUUACAUGGUCGUAAUAGCCGGCUUAUGCAGUGCCUGACCAGGCUGUUCCCCUAAAGCCUGUAAAAAAUUUUUAAAUGUUAAGAUAAAGUUUUAAAACACUAUAUAUAUAUAUAUAUAUAUAUAUAUAUAUAUAUAUAUAUAUAUGUAUGUACUUUUAUAUUCACAUACAUAAACUAUUAUUCCAACUGUAGUUUGAUACUAAUAUAAAUAUAUUAAAAACCAAAGAAAAACAAGUUACUUGCGCUCUCUCCUUAAUCCCUAUGUAUUUUUAAACAAAUGGAGUUUUUUUAGUUACCUUCAAUGGCCAUGAGAGGAUAAGUCCACCUGCCAACGUCAAGGCAGACCCCUGCCAGGUGGGUCCUAACUCUAACCAUUCACCUUGCUUCCUUGAGCUUCUGGCAAAGAUCUCUGAGAUAUAAAUCUAUAUUUAAAGCAAAAUACAUUUAGAAUGACGUUAUAGAUGGAUAGAUAUAUAUACACACACACAUACAUACAGCUAUAUUUAAAAAAAUUAUAUAUAUUUUUUUAAUUUAAAUUCUGCAUAUAUAUUUAAGUCAUAUGUCAUUUAAUUAAAAUUUGAGGGACUUGCCUGACAACCCAGGCAUAAAGUCCAGAGAAUUUGGUUCACAAGCCCUAUAUUUAACCCUGUAACUUUCCAAGACACUAUAUAAAACCUGUACAUGGUGAACACCUGUACUUCGCUGAACUCAAAUAUUAGUGUUUUUUAAAACCAUAAAACGUCACAAUAAUGAUAGUCAGUGAAAGUGCCUUUUUUUUUUUUUUUUGCAGUUUUCACACACAAACAGUACUUUCACUGACAAUAUAGUUGUGAUAAAUUUUACUGCUUAGAAACACUUAUCUUUGUAUUCAGCGUAGUCUCUGGAGUAUAACAGUACCUCCAUGUACAGGAUUUAUUUAUUUUAUUCUAUUUUUAAGUUACAGGGUCAAAUAUAAGGCUUGCAUUUCCAUUUUUUCACAUUAAAAUUUGCCAGAUUGGUUACGUUGCUUUUGAGACCGUAUGGUAGCCCAGGAAUGAGAAUUAGCCUCAUGAUGGCAUACUAUUUGCAAAAGUAGUCAACCGUAGGUAUUGCAAAUGGGGUAUGUUCAGUCUUUUUUAGUAGCCACUUAGUCACAAAAGAUACAAAUGAAGCUUGAAAACCUUUAUUCUUCAUUUGCAUCUGCCAACUCUUCCUUGCUGCAACGGUCUUUUAAUGAAUCACAUUUUCAUUUUAAAUGAUUUAACAUUCUGCUUAAAUAAUGUGUGUUUAAUUCAUUGUAUUUCAGGAAAACUUGUACUCCAACCCUGUUGUUAUGGUUGAGAAAUUAAAAAUGCCUGACCCAGUUAAACCAAAGAAAGACAGUGAAGGUAUAAAAACAUUUUUUUCACAUUUAAAUUUUUAUAUAUUUUUUUCAUUUAAAACUUACAGCCUGUUAUACACUAUAUAAUAUCGACAAUAAAAUACCAAUUACGAGGACAAAGACAAACGUCCUAACAAAUUCUAGUAGUGUUUAAGGCAGAAUAUUAGUUAGCACAGUACUGUGUAUGUGACCUUAAAGUAUAGUACUUUGGUUUAUAUACAAAAAAAAUUGUACUAGUAUGAUCAGACACAGAUAAUAUUACUGUACUUAUUGAAUUUAACUGCCUUGAGUAUUUUCUUCCGAUUUAAUAUUGACCGUAGAAAGGCUAAACUGUUACUUCCAAUUGCCUUGAAAGACGGUGAAGGUAUAACAUUAUUUGCCUUUUGAUUUUGAUCUUUUACGUUUUUUGGGGGUUGUGUAUUUUAUGUAUAUUAAUGAUUCAACUUUUUUUUUUUUUUUUUUUCCUCUUGUCCAAAGCAACAAAAGCAAAGCGUACACUCUUUGAGAAUAAAACACCAACAAAGAAAUGCCAUAAAAUGCCGAGAAGCCAAUCUGUAUCUGCAGUGGAGGAUCUUAAACAUAAACGCAGUAAAUCAAGUGAUGGCAUAAAAGGUAAUAGAUGGGUGUUUCAUUUAGACGUUUACAUAUUUGCACGAUUCCCGUAAUGAGUGUGUUAAACAAAUAUUGGAUGUGUUGUAAAAUGUAUGCCUUUUUUUUUUUUUGCUUUUUUUCAUAUUCAAUUUAGAAAACUACAAGUUGCUGACCAAAAAAGUAUCAGAGACCCCAGUUCGUAAACAGAUAUCAAAUAGACUUCUGCAUAAGCAGAUUAAAGGACGGUAAGUAUGUUUAUUUUUUUUCUUAACUUUUAUAUGUAGCGGGGAAAGGCUUUCUAACUUUUGCAAUCUCGAGGUAGAAAGAUCUAUAGAUAGAGCUAUCUCGAGACUGCAAAUGUUAGAAAGCCUUUCAUGAUUUGAUUUGAACAUUUUCCAGGUACAAAUGUAAACAACCUAGAUUUGAAUAGACAAAGAUUUCAAUUUAUUCUCCUAGAUAUUUAUGGAACUUCUAUUUGCUAAUUUUUUAUUUUUUUUUACUAGAAAUGUUCUCCAAUUUCUAACUGCUUUUUAGAAGGCAUAAACCAGGGUUGGUUUUCUAGAUAUGUGCAAAAAUAUAUUGUACCUGUACUUGUUAUGGUACAACUCGACAGAAAUGAGUAAGUGUCCCACAAGUCAUUCGGCAUCUUACUUUUGUGUUGUCUCUCUGUUUGCCGUACUGUUUUGUGUGUUUUUGUGUUUUUGUGUUUUUUUUCUUCAUUUCUUUUUCCUCCUACUGGUAACCUGCACAAAUUAUUGUGUAAUUAUUCUCAUGUUUGUAUGUGUGACUGAAAUAGUCAGUGCUAAUUAAAAACACUGGAAAAAUAAUAAUGCUUUACUGGUUCCUGACUUUUUUUUUUUUGCUGUGUUUUCCAUUUCUUUCUGACAGUUGCAUUGUAAUCUGAAUUUAGUACUUUGCUUUCAGGCGUUCUGAAUCCACAUCCAACAUCAGUAUAGUGGAGGAAUCACCAGAAAAAGAUAUAAAAGGUAAUACGUUAUGUGCUUGCCUUUGCUGUGUUUGUGCUUUAUUUUUUCCUAUAUUUGACAAUCUUGACAAAAAGUUGCGGUUAAGGCAAGCUCCACUUUCUUCACAAAGGAAGUGAAACAUGCCUUAAGCCCCACCCUUUGUCAAGAUUGUCAAGUGUAGGAAAAAUACACAAGGCAAAGUAGUCCCUACUUUUGUCUUGUUUCAAUGCUGAACAGAUUCUGGAAGUGUAAGAGAAGAGGAAAUUACAGGAAAAAGGUAAGUUUGAGGUGACAGAGCCACUUUAGUUUUUGUUUCUUAUGUUGCUCUGCAAUAAAAAUUCAUAUAAAAAAUGCUGUCCUCCAGUAAAUACAUUUGCAAAUAAGCCAACUUUUUAUACCUUUAUCUCAAUUCAACUCACUACCAGGUAUGACUGUUGGUGCUUUACAACUAGUUUUCAUAUGAUAUUGUCAGUUCUACGAUUAUAGUAAUCCUGGGCUUGAUAGAUGUUUGAGUCCUUGUGGGUGUCAUACGAUACACAUGUUUUUAUUACUGCAUUUCAUCCAUCCUUCCCCAGUCUCUUCCUAAUCCACCUCUUUCCACAUUAGAUAAAACCUGACAGACUGUUCACUGUCAAUACAUGGUUCCAGUUACUAGCUGUGUAAAUCGAAUUAUUUCUUUUAUAAUAGACAUUGAUGUAAGAAGAAGCCCACGCAUUAAGCAGCUGGCAUUUUCACAGAGAAGCUCUUCUUUUUAUGCAUCUCAGCCAAAGUCUCGUAAUCUGGAAAGAGUCCAUUCAUUCACUCAACAACAACUUGAUGCUGAUCACACAGGUAUCAUGCAGCACUCUAGAAUGGGUUGUAUAGUAUUGAUUUUUUUUAUUCUAUUGAACAUGCCAUACGUACCAGACAGUUUCGUUUGACAGAAUCAAGCCAUUACAGUAUGUUUUUAAGUUUAAAAUCAAAAUAUUGUAUUCUGUGUUAAGUCAUUUAAGGGAAAACAAAGGCAGGGGACACUCACAGAAUGUUACUUGGGCUUUGAAUGUCUGUUUUUAAUUUUGCUUUUCUAUGCUUACAAUGUGUUACAUUUUUAUUUAUUUUUUCUUCCUAGCAAACCGUUCUAUGUCAGAGAUCAAAUCACCUAAACAACUACUUUUUGGAGAAGUGUUAAAAAUGACUAGUCCUCCUGCAAAAAAAUUUAAUUUGGAUGGAGUAGAACGUGUUGAUUCUCAGGUAAUUUCUGGACAUGAAAUAAUAUUCUAGAAUGUUUAGUAUUGACAUUACAAAAAUCUUUAUAUUUCUUCUGUUAUGUUUUACAAGGGUCGAGGGAAAACAAAGAGGAAUAUUUUAUCUAAAGCAUUUGAAGACCUUCGAGAAAAGGAAAAAUUGCUUAGGAAAUCCCCACGCACACCCAAAACGCCCAUUAGGAUUUCAGAUAGGCUAAAAACUCCUUCCAAGAGUACAUCCGAGAGAAAGAAAGCUGCUAAAAAUUUAGUUAAAAUGUUUUCGCCCAGUAAAGUAAAUGAACCCCCUCCUUCUAGGUCUUGUGGAAAAAGUGACAUCUUGGCACACGUGACACCUAAAAAAUCUAUUUCACCAAAGAACUUGUUUGUCUCUCCAUUAAGGAAUAAGAGGGAGCAAGCUAUAUCUCAAAGAGAGGACAUACCUCAAUUUCCUGUUUCUAAAAGGAUACUUAGGACUCCUACAAAAAGUUCAAAUAGUACAAUGCUGCAAUAUGUUUCAGGCACACCUACCAAAUCCCCUUACAAGUUGCUUGAAUCUGUGGCUCCAUUUUCCACUCCAAAUAGGUAUGUUUUUAGAACUCCACAGAAACCUGUUGUGGGUUCUGUAUCUCGAACACCUACACAAAAAGAGGAGGUUUGUACUCAUACGUUACAUUGUGCAAAUGAAUGUACUCCUGAAAAGCAAAUUCUACUUUCCCCUGCAAAACGUAUUUCUUCACAAUGGUCCAAAUCACCUCAUGGCAUGUCCAAGAGAAUAUAUUCUAAUUCUCCUUCACACAAACAUUCUUUGGAAAACAAUUCAAUUUUUCUUUGUGAUCAAACACCGAAAACAUCAUCACAACUUAUAAAAUCUAGUUGUACCCCAAAAUUUACAAGGGCACUUGAACCCCCCUCAAAGUCAACUAAUGGACAUCCAUGCACCAAAGCAGAAGAAAAUUCUAAAGCACUGUCAAAUGUUUCAGUGCAUAUUCAACAAGGAGCUUCUGAUGGGGAUAUUGAUUCUUGCCAAACUUCUACCCUUUCUAAGGAAUUUAUUUCACCAACUACUCCUUCCAUUACAAAAAAUAAAAUCUCAUCUCCGUGCUUGAAAACCACUUUAAUAUCCAACCAUUGUUCACCUAAAUGUAGAAUUGAACCUGUUGUUUUAUGUGAGAAGCUGGACCUUUCUACCUUAGAAAGCACCUUCAAUUCAGAAUCAUAUCUUAGUGGUUCCCAAACUGAAGAAAGCAUUGAUAUAGCUGAUGCUGUUGUUGUGCCAACAGAAACAUCUGAACUUAAGAUGAAAGUUCUCAUUACUCGAAAAUCUUCUAACUCUGGUUUACAGAAUAGCCCAUCGGUGACACCAGCAUGUGGGAUUAACAAUGCAUCCACUAACUGCACUUAUGGUCUGCGCUGUACUCCUGAUAGGAGACAAAGAGAAGCUGCAGCUCGUCUUGGAGAAACACAGAUACCUGCACAGUUCUCAACCCCAAAAAGUCACAAGUCUUUACUUGCUCCUGGUAUACCAACUUAUGAGGUUGAGCUAGAAAUGCAAGCAUCAGGCCUGCCAAAACUUCGCUUUAAACGUACAGACUCCGGUUCCACAGUUGAUAUGGAGACAGGUAAUAGAACAGAGUCUCCACUUGUAACUAGGAAAUGGAAAGGUGAAGAAAGCCCUUUUAGUGAGAAAUGGUGUAGUAAACAUACAACAAAACUGGAAUCUUCUUGUGUUUCUCCUUCAUUCUUGCGUUCUCAUGCUACACCUGGAAAAUGCAGCCACCAGACCCAUAUUUGUCUGUCAUAUACUCCAAACAGGUGCACUUCUUACACUUCCUCUUCAUCGCAAAUAGAUGUUGGGGUUCCUUGGACGCCGUCCCCGAAAUUUAAGGAAAAAAAUGGUAGCGAUGCAAUUAAUAAUUGGCCCAGGAGGAAAAAAGCAUCUGCUUUAAAUUGUGUUUUAAAAGGAGAAAAAAAUCAAGAAUAUGCCGAUCUUCAUUCAAUUGAGGAAGAUGUUGGAGUUCUUUCAAAGCAGGAGGUCAGUAAAUCUUCAUCUUUGGAAGAUUUUGAACUUGAAGGGGUUUCAAAACUUCAGGAGAAAUCUCCCGUGCUGCAGUGGCAAGGGACAGGUGACUCUAGGACAUUUAGACUUAAUUCAAGAAAAAGAAGCCUAGGAUUUCUAUCACCCACUGAAGAGACUCCACAAUCUAAGAGGCAGUGUAAGGAGCGUAAUCUGGUCAGUGAGAGAAGUCAGUUGAUGGAUACAAUAGAAAUAAGCAGUCCAUGCCAAAGGUUAUCCUCAAAUCGAAGCUCAUCACAGCAAAGUUCAUGUGAUGAUGACGUCUUCAGUAAUUCAGGUAAUAUAAAAGAUUUGUUUUUACAAAAAAUGUUUAAUCUAGUUGGAACGGUCAUGUUGCUAGAUAUUCAGUAUCGUGGAACCUCUGAAUUUGAACUUAAUCCGUUCCAGAAGACUGUUCGAGUUCAGAUUUGUUAGAGAACAGAGUCAUUUCCCAUAAGAAUUAAUUUUACAGUUUAAUGCUUUACAUGCAUAAAAUCAUAUACACAAUGUACAGUAAAUACAAUGAGCAUUUUAUUUCACUUUACCUGUAAUGAGAGUUGAUGGCGUAAGUGGAAAAGAGAAAAUAUAUUGUUUAGAUGGGGAUAGGGUAACUGUUCUUCUGGCAUUAAAAGUGUAUAAUUGAACAUGUUUGUGGCAUGAUUUGUUUGGGUACCGAGGAUCAUUUGCGCACCGAGAUUUUUUUGUUAGACUUCCGAGGUUCCACUGUGUUGUAUUUGCUGCCCCAUAUAUUGAACUAAUGUUUUUGCAAGGUGCGAAAAUAAAAUUAAAUGUAGAAAUUCACACCUCCUUUAAACUGAAAUUGUGCCCCUCUUACUCCCUUACCAUCAUUAUUACAAAUUUUGAUUAGGUUGGCAGAUUGCAUGAAGGAUGCAGAGCAGGAGAAAUUAAACAUUGUUUCUAUUUUUGCUUUUUACUUGCUUUGUUUGUCCUGGCUUCCCCUUGUCUGAAUUGGAUUUGAUGAAUUGGUAAAAAAAAAAAAAAAAAAAAAUUAUAUACAAAUUUUAAAAGAACAUGGAGCAUCACAUGAAAAAAAAAAUAUAUAUUUUUUUUUUAUCUUCAAUGUUUUUUCCAGUGGUAUUCAGUUCCCCUUUAAUGUGGAUUUGUUAACCACAUUUGAUAGUUUGUGUUUAAUAGUGAUCUUCAGUGUGUUGAGCUAGGGGUUUAUUCUUUGCUCUAGAGGUACAGUCAUGGGAUAAAGAAAGUAUGCCCUCUUUGAAUUCAAUGGUUUUAUAUCAUAUCAGGACAUAAUGAUCUGUUCCUGAGCAGGUCAUAAAAUUAGGUAAAGACAACCUCAGAUGCAUAACACCACAUGUCAUGAUUUAUUUAACAAAAUUGAGCAGCCAUGUAUGAAAAGUACACUCUUAUUGCUUCCAUAGGAAUUAAGAGGCUAAGUAGCAGAUAUGUGCUUCUAUUUAAAUGCCCAUGAUUAAUUGAUAAUCAGCAAAUGUGACCCCCUCUAUCAAACUAUGCUGCCUAUCAAACUGGGAAGAGUUAUAAGGUUAUUUCCAAACAAUUUAAAUUCCAUCAUUCUACAGUGGGAAAGAUUAUUCAAAAGUGGAAACCAUUCAAGGCAGUUGCCAGUCUUUCCAGGAGUGGAUGUCCCAGCAAAUUCACACCAAGGUCAGACUGUUUGAUGCUCAGAGAAAUUGUAUAAAACCCAAGAGUUAAAUCUCAGACUCUACAGGCCUCAGCAUGUUAAAUUUCAUGACAGUACAAUUAGAAAAAGAUUGAACAAGUAUGGUUUGUUUGGAAGGAUUCUCUAAAAAGACCAUGGCGGCACAGAUUAAGUUUGCAAAGUUGCAUCUGAACAAACCAUUUUUCUGGAACAAUUUCCUUUGGACAGACGAGACCAACAUGAAAAUAUUUGGCAAAAACCAAACUCCGCAUAUCAGCAAAAACAUCUUAUACCAAUUGUCAAGCAUGUGUAGAGGGUGAUGAUUUAGACUUGUUUUGCAGCCACAGAACCUGGAAACCUUGCAGUCAUUGAGUCAACUAUGAACUCCUAUGUAUAACAAAGUAUUCUAGAGCCAAAUGUGAGGGCUUCUGUCUGACAGCUAAUGCUUGGCUAAAUUUGGGUUAUGCAACAGGAUCAAGAUCCCAAGCACACCAGCAAAUCUACAACAGAAUGGCUGAAAAAGAAAAGAAUCAAGAUGUUGGAAUGGUUCAAAGUCCAGACUUCAACUCUAUUGAAAUGCUGUGGUGGGACCUUAAGAGAGCUGUGCAUAAACAAGUGCCAGCAAAUCUCAAUGAACUGAAGCAAUGUAAAGAGUGGGCUGAAAUUCCAAUGUGAGAGACUGAUAGUCAUACAGAAAACAAUUACUUAAAUUUAUUGCUUCUAAAGGUUCUACAAGCUAUUGAUUCAUAAGGUGUACUCAUUUUUUUUCACACAUGGAUUUUCCAUUUUGGUUUUAUUUUUAACUAAAUCAUGACAUGGUGUAAUGUAUCAUGUGUUGUUCAUCUGAGGUUGUAUUUACCUAAUUUUAACUCCUUAAGGACGGCAGGCGUUCUAUGCCGUCCUUGGGGACCUGGUCCUAAAUGCUGGCAGGCGGCAUAGAACGUCCCCGCCAUUGUAUUCACUUACCCGGUCGCGGGCAAUCGCGGUGGGGGGGACUCACCUGGCACCUGCUUCCGACCCUCCUGGGCCAUGUGAUCGCGAGGUCCUUGCGAGGACCUCACGAUCACAUGGACGGCAUAGCCGUCCACAGCAUUGCCAGCAGGGGGACUGCCUGGAAUGAGUAGCCACUUAGUCACAAACACUGGCUAAAAUUGGCAUUCAAAUUAGUUUUUUGAAUUUUUUACACACAAAUAUUAACGCUAACUUUGGCUAGUGUUUGUGACCAAGUGGCUACUAAAAAAGACUGGGCAUACCCCUUUUGCAAUACCUUGGGUUGUCUACUUUUGCAAAUGGUAUGUCAUCAUGGGGGUAAUUCUCAUUCCUGGGCUACCAUACGGUCUCAAAGGCAACGUAACCAAUCUGGCAAAUUUCAAUGUGUAUUUACUGGAAAAAAACAUGCUAUUUUUGCCCCUUUAACUUCCCAAAACACCAUAAAACCUGUACAUAGGGGGGUACUGUUUUACACGUGAGACAUCACAAUUAUUGGUAUGUUCUGAUAUAUAAAAAAUUUAAAGAGGUUGUGCCUUCUUUUUCCUAUGACUGUAUAACACUAAAAAUACUUGUAAAGUGGUUAAUCUAUAUAUAUUUUCUCACAAGUUGCUCCAAUUUUUUUAAAAUCAAAUUGGGUGCCAUUAAACUAUUAGUUCAAUGAUAGUUGUCAUAAAAUAUUUCAACCCUCAAAUUCCAUGUGUUUAAUAUACAUUGCACCCCCACUCCCCCUGAUAACUACACCAUAUUUAUGGUAUCUUUCUUCCCAUAUUGACACAAGUCUUCAUACACACACCCUAUUAUGUAUAUGGACUCAUCGCCUUGAAAGAGACACUCUGAGCACUAAAACAAGUUUAGCAUAAUAAAGUGCAUUAGACUAUAGGGGCAUAGAUAAUUCCCCUGCAGCCACAUUGCUAGAUUAUCUAACAUUUAGGAGUAAAACCAGUUUGUUGCUUCCCCAGCCACAAAUCCCUUUUAAAUUAAAAUUGUAAUAUCUGCAAAGUACAUGCACAAUUUGAGGCUUUGAAAAUGUCCCAGAGUGAAUUUUUGAGAUAUGCUUGCACUUAAUGAUUCAUGAACAGUCUAGCUUUUAAUUACCUGCAUGUUUUGGUCUCCUUCUCACCAGAGGACUUAAAGGGACACUGUAGGCACCCAGACCACUUCAGCUCAUUGAAGUGUUCUGGGCGCAAUGUCCCAUGUCCCUUAACCCUGAGCAUGUAAAGGGGGAAGCUAUAGUGCCAGGAAAACAAGUUUCAAUAUGUUAGAGAGGAUUAUUAAAUUUAGUAAAAUCCAUUAUACUGCCUCUUAUGCUACAAUGGGAAAAGGAAUUAAACAUUGAAUGGGAGGCUCCGCAAUGGUAUAGGGCUAUGAGAUUGACCAAGGCUGUCACAUACAACAUAUAGAAGCAACACAUAAAAUAUGGUUGCAAUGGUAUAUGACACGCCAAAUAUUGGCACAUAUAUACCCGGGGAAUACGGGGUGGUGCAGGGAAGCGUCGGGGUCCAUGGCCCAUAUGUUCUGGUAUUGUAAAAUGAUUAGGAUUAUGUGGAAACAUAUCCAACAAUUGAUAUUCAAUGUCACCACAAAAUGAUGAUUAUACAUAUUUUAAUGGCCACAAAAAAAUGCUAUAGCUAGCCUAUAGAAAACCACACAAGUGCCAUCAUUACACAGAAUAAGGGAAAAGAGUUCUAAUACUAAAACCUACGAGGAAAUGGCAUGCAGGAUAACAGGCAAACAGAUACCUAUGAAAAAAUGUGGGCAAGUUGGAAGUGAGGGGAAAUCAAUCAGUUGGAUACUAUGGAUAGAUAUUUAAUAUUUACCAAAGGAAGCGCCAUAAGGCUUUAAACUGACAUGGGUCUUGGUAGUGGUAGAGCACUAAUAUAGGGGUUUGGUUAGGUUGUUACAAACUAACGAGAUUGUAAAUGUAUGAAAGCAAUGAUUUAUUAUAGUAACCUGUUUUUUUCUUUUGUAUAUUUCUUUUGUUUGUUUGAACAAAUCUGAUUUUAGGGUCACAUUUUAAGUUUAAUGCUAAUUGCUGUGCAUACAGUUAGAUCAAAGUCAAUACUAAUUAGACCAAUAUCCAUAUUGGUUCAAGCGGAUUAACACUCAACCACAUAAGAUUUAGGAAACUGUAAAAGUAUGUACCUGUAUAAGGGACUGAAUGUUCAUUUACUGUUGCGGGUGACUGCUGAUCUGACUAUAUAAGAAUUAGGGAUCGACCGAUAUUGAUUUUUUUAGAGCCGAUACCGAUAUUCUGUGAACUUUCAGGCCGAUACAAUUUGCCGAUAUUCUGUACAUUUACCAUUUUGGAAAACAAAAACUAUUUUUCUAAAGGUAAAUGCCCAAAAUAUACAUGCCACGUGUAGUGGAUGCAGUGUGACGGGGAGCUGUGUGUGUUGGUGUAGUGUGUGUUGUGGAUGCAGUGUUUGUUUAGUGUGUGUGGAGGAUGCAAUGUGUGUUUGUGUAGUGGAUGCAGUGUGUAUUUGUCUAGUGUGUGUAGUGGAUGCAGUGUGUAUAUAAUGAAAGCAGAGUGUUUGUGUAGUGUGUGGGUAGUGUGCGUUAGGUGAAUGCUGUAUAUACUAAAUGCAAAGUGUGUGUGUAAAUAAUGAAUGCAGAGUGUGUGUAUUUGACUAGUGUGUGUAUUUGUGUAGUGUGUUUAUAUAAUGCAGUGUGUGUGUAUAUAAUGCAGUGUUUGUGUAGUGUGCAUUAUAUACACCCACUACACACACUGCAUUAUAUACACACACUACACAAACACUGCAUUAUAUACACAGUUCUUUUGUAUAGUGUGUGUAUAUAAUGCAGUGUGUGUUUGUAUAGUGUGUAUAUAAUGCAGUGUGUGCAUUGUAUACACACACACUGCAUUAAAUACACAGUGUGUUUGUGUAGUGUGUGUGUAUAUAAUGGAGUGUGUGAGGGGGCAUUUUUUAUUAAAUUAUUAUUUUUUUAUAUUUAUUAUUUUUUGUUGUCCCCCCCCCUCCCUGCUUGUUACCUGGCCAGGGAGAGGGGAUAUAGCAGUCCCUGGUGGUCCAGUGGUAUUGGCUGAGCUUUGGGGGUGGGGGGGGGGCAGCAAGCGCUUACUCACCUCCAAGCAGCUCCCCAGUGCAAUUCUCGCGGCCAGCGUGUCGCGUGAAGCGUUGCCAUGGUGAUCCAUGGCAACGCUCUGAUAGCCGCAGGAGCCAGAGGAGCUGCUGGGAGGUGAGUAAGCGCUUGCUGCCCCCCCAGGACCGCCGAGCUUGUAAUGAGCCCGGCGGUCCUAGGAGGUCUUAUUGGCAAUAUCGGUAUCUGAAUUGGCCGAUACGAUAUUGCAGAAAAUACCGAAUAUCGGCCGAUUAUAUCGGUCGAUCCCUAAUAAGAAUAACAUAAAUUGUUUUUGAAUGUGUUAAUAUGGUUGAACAGACUGCAGACUAAUAUAUUUGUAAAUUUGAAGGGGAAAAAAAAGAAAUUUUAUUUAAAUACAAAAAAAACAAUUACCAGUAAUUAUGUUAAUACUCCCCAUAUGGAUGCAUUAAUUAAAUGCAUCUCUGAGGAGGAGUUGAUUGGCGUGUGCAUGUGCAAUAGUCUCCCAAUGUUGUUUCCUACCAUUGGAUUGGCUGAGAUCGUCAAGAUUGAUUGAUCUCAGCCAUGGAGGUGGCUGCAUCACAAGCACGGCGUGGGAAAAGGCGAGUAAAAACACCUUUGUAUGAGAUUGAAGGUGGAAGGGUCACCUAUAUAUACACACUCACAAAGACACAUACUGAUUUUGAUACACAUACACGCUUACUCACUCACUGGCAGACUCACUCACUGGCAGACUCACACACAUACAAAUUGUUACUUUUUUUUUAUUCAUUCAUUCACCAAGUUUCCCUACGUUUGGGAGAGCUGGAGUGGAUCAGCUUUCCCUGGGGUCCAGUGGGGCUGCUGCCAUCUCUUUGCUCUGUUCCCUAGAGUGCUGUUUAGUGAUGCGGGGCUGGACUGACGUGAUAACCCACUCCCGGCAUCACUGGAGGGAGCAAAGCAGGGAGAUUACUGCUCACUUGCAACCUCCACACUCAGUCAGCCACCUGCCUGCUCUCCCGCCUUCCUCAGCUCUACGUAAGUCGGCCGCCUCCCUCAGCCCUCCAUGAGGUGGUCACCUUUCAGACUGAGCAGGCUCACAAAUCCCAGGGGAUUUGUCAAACCCCGUUUUGCUCAUAGGAGUGUGAUUGCUGAAAGCACACUCCUAUCCUACUGUCAGCCAGCCCAUUACUUUACAGUAGAAUAUUCACGGUCUCACUUCCUUGCCUUCAGCUAAGCUCUGCAUGCAGGUACUCACAGAAAGAGAUGAUGUGAGGUCACAACGUGGCACUUCACUGGCUGGCGACUAGUUUCUGGAUGCAGAAGACAGUAUGUGGUGACUGGAAGAGGUGAGUAAGUUAUCAGUAAUAUUGGUAAAUUUCAAGGCCAAUACAAGUUAUCAGUACAAUGCUGAAUAUUGGCUCUAAUAAUCGGUGGAACCGAUAAUAAUGGGUCUAUCCCAAAUACCCAUUUAAAGGACCACUAUAGUGCCAGGAAAACCGCUGCGCUGAAGGGGUUAAACACUUACCUUUCUCCAGCACCAGGGAACUCUCCUCCCUCUCCCGACGUCAGCUUUGAAUGUGCAUGCGCAGAAAGAGCCGAGCACGCAUUCAAACAGUCCAUAGGAAAGCAUUUCUCAAUGCUUUUCUAUGUGUCAGCAUCUGCUCACUGAUUUUUCACAGUGAGAAGUGCGGAAGCGCCUCUAGCGGCAGUCAGUGAGAUAGCUACUAGAGGCUGGAUUAACCCUAUUGUAAAUAUAACUGCUAUGUUUACAGCUGCAGGGUUAACACUAGAUGGACCUGGCACCCAGACCACUUCAUUGAGCUGAAGUGGUCUGGGUGCCUGUAGUGGUCCUUUAAGUUCUUUCCUCACAGGUAUUCAGUUGUGUUCAUUACCUUUGUUUGCAUCAUAUUUUAAAGACCAAAAUGAUAGUUUUAUAAUAGAUUUUCAUUUUAUAUUAGUGUAACUUUUUUUUCCAUCACCUUUCAGGUUUUACACCGCCCAACAAAAUACUGAAAAAUCCCUUGUCAACGAGUGCUCUUCUGACACUUACACAGUCCCCAAUGCUGUACCAGGGCAAGACACCUUUAUCCAAGAGAAAGAUGAUGCAUGGUAAGGUGUACCUGUACUGGUCAUGUGAAAAUAUUGCAUUACUUUAA